AUGUGCUUCGGGGCUCGGAAUAAGAACGAGGAUGGCGAGGCUCAUUCUCGGGAGCUGGAUAAGGUCCUGCGCCAAGAUGAGAAGCGCAUGGCAAAGGAGGUGAAGCUGCUGCUGUUGGGUGCUGGAGAAUCAGGAAAAUCUACCAUCCUGAAGCAGAUGAAGCUCAUAUAUGCUCAAGGCUUCAACAAAAACGAGAGGCUGGACUUCAAGCCGGUCAUCUUCAACAACAUUGUACAGUCAUUCAAGACCAUCUCCGAGGCAAUGGCCGAGAUGGGAUUCGAAUACGACAGCCCAGAUAACGAGAAACACAUGGCGCACAUUUUGGUCGAUGCCGAAAUCAGCCCAGACAGCAAGAUGCCCGAGGAUUACCUAGAGCCUAUCAAAUUGCUAUGGCAAGACAGUGGUGUAAUGGCCGCAAUUGCCAAGGGCAACGAAUACGCUCUGCACGACAAUCUCACAUACUUCGUGACCGAUAUCGACCGGAUAUGGGCCGACGGUUAUGUACCAAAUGACCAAGACUUACUCCGCUCUCGAUUGAGAACAACAGGUAUCAUAGAAACUGUCUUUGAUCUAGGUCAGUUGACAUACCGCAUGUUUGACGUCGGUGGCCAGAGGUCAGAACGAAAGAAGUGGAUCCAUUGCUUCGAGAAUGUCAACUGCUUGCUCUUCCUCGUCGCCAUCAGCGGUUAUGACCAGUGCCUUGUUGAGGAUAAGGACGGCAACCAAAUGAACGAAGCUCUGAUGCUGUGGGAGUCCAUCUCCAACUCACAUUGGUUCGCCAUGACGUCGUUGAUCCUCUUCCUCAACAAGAUGGAUCUCUUCAAGGAGAAGCUGCCCAAGAGCCCGAUCUCCAAGUACGGCUUCACCGACUACCACGGACCUGAAGACGACUACAAGGCGGCCAGCAAAUACUUCCUCGACAAGUUCCGCGCGCUAAGCAGAAACCCCGAGAAGGAGAUUUACGGCCACUUCACCAACGCCACUGACACAAACUUGCUGAAAAUCACAAUGGGUUCCGUGCAGGACAUGAUUAUUCAGAGAAACCUCAAAAAGUUAAUACUAUAA